UAAACAUCAUCAUGGGGAUUGGGGCACUCAAUAGAUCCUAAAAUAUACACAUCAAUUUUUUUUUAAUUUUUUUUUUAUAUAAAUUACUUCCUCUAUUCAAUUGAGACAGUAACAACUCAACUUUUACGUCUGAAUAUGUAUGGAUAAGUUCAGUAAAACUCAGAUAAAUAAAACUUAGGUGAAUAAAACACACUCGAAGUACAAGUAUUAUUUACGGAGUAAUAAAAUUCCCUUUAUAUGAUUUACCCUUAGAUAAAAUUAGUAAGAAGCUUACUAAGCUAUAAAAUAAAAUUUAAAAAGUUACUAGUAAGAAGCUUAAUUCUAAUUUUUAAGAAUAAAUAAGUUCUUCAUUUCCCCACUAAUCCUCUAAUCCGCUUAGUAUAAAUAAGAACAUAAAUGAGCUUGCAAAAAAGGUCAACACACACUCUUCUCUCUCUUUCUCUCUGACUUUUUCCCACAAAAAUCUAACCAUGGAUGAUUCCAAUUCUUCCACCCCAUCAUUACCACUAAUCCAUGAUUUUAGCCUUGAUUUUGUUGAAAAUGACAUUAAUUUUAAUCAUGUUAUUGAAAUGUUAAGAGGAUCUGAAACCUCUGAUCCUUCUAGUAUUUGUGUUAAUCAAAACUUUGAUCCCCUUUCUUUUGCUAGAAAUAAUGAUGUUUCUGAUAAUUAUAGCAUGAAUUUCUACCCACUUUCUCAAGAUAACAAUGUUUUUAAUAAUUUUAGUUCACCAACUAUGUCUUGUACCAACAAUACUAUGCUUAAUUCCUUGUCCGGGUUCGAAGAUGGUAGAGGAGGUGAAGAGGAGGAGGAGGAGGAGGAUGAUGACGAAGAUGAUGAUAACUUAGAGGCCGGAGAGCAUUCUUCGGCCACUACGAAGAAUACGUCGAAGAAGGGGAAGCUCGAUCGAUCGAGGACGUUGGUUUCGGAGAGGAAGAGGAGAGGAAGGAUGAAGGAGAAGCUCUAUGCCCUUCGUGCUUUGGUUCCUAAUAUCACAAAGAUGGACAAGGCAUCCAUAGUUGGCGACGCGGUGUUGUAUGUGCAAGACUUGCAAAUGCAAUCAAAGAAGCUAAAAUCUCAAAUAGAAGGCCUUGAAUCAUCUUUGAAAGCUGCCGAGAGAAGCCAAGGUUAUGCUGAUACCCCUAAGAAAAAUGCUUCUCUUGACAACUUUCUUCCGGUUUGUAAGAUGAUUGUGCAGAUGGAUGUGCUUCAAAUUGAAGAAAGAGAAUUUUAUGUCAAGGUAGUGAGUAACAAAGGACAAGGUGUAGCAGCGUCCCUUUACAAGGCGCUUGAUUCAUUAACUACGUUUACAAUUCGAAAUUCAAGCUUAAGCACUCUAUACGAGCAAUUCGUACUCACAUUUACCCUAAAUGUUGCAAAAUGUAGGGAGGAAUUUAACUUGCCUAACAUGAAAGUGUGGAUAAGUGGGGCUUUUCUUAACCAAGGAUUUGAGUUUCAAUGUUUUUGAUAAUUGAGGUUAUUUAUUAGGUCAAGAUGUUUAAUUUUCACAACUUUUGUAAUUUCUCUUUAUGAUUUAUGUAAUUCUAGUUAUGUUAAAAGAAAUUAGGUGCAUGCAUAACAGCACAAGGCAUAAGACCAUAAGGAAUCAAGGACGUUUACUUUUGCAUUAUGGAUA